AUGGAUGGGAAGGACAUCCAAUCAGAUCUCCAUGCCCUUAAAAGUCUCUACGGCCUUCUCCAAAAAGAUGAAGGCGAAGCAUCAGACCCUGGCUCUGAUUCGCUAGAUUCGCAUUCGCGGGUUAUCUUAAAGAAUCUUUUGGAUUUGGCGACUAAGAGAGUCCUCAAGACACAUUCAGAAGUCAUUGCAGGUCAAGCCGAAACAUCAGGGGCACUUUCACCUGUUCGGCUUCAGCAACUAGAUGAGACAUCCUCUGAGGAACGACCUACUUCACGUUCAAGAUUGUCAUUAGCCGCAGAAGGUGAUCAAAGUUUUAAUGGCAGAAAUACUCCUGACUGGAGUCAAGCAGGUGCUACGGAACACUCAAUUCGUAGAGUGCCUUCAAUUGGGCAGAAACGUUGCAGGGUUUGUCAAAGGAACACUGUCAAACAACUUGGAUCCACAGGGGAGACUCAUUUUCAUGAACUGACUCAGAACUCAAACACAUACGCUGAUCAUCAGCAUCGGCAGGAUAAUGUUGAGAACCGUGAGAAAGAAGUUGGAUGGUUAUCAAUUCGCGUGUCGGAUGACUCAAAAUAUGAGAAGCGGAGGCAGAGGCCGUCCGAUUUGAACGUAGUUGGAGAUGCAGAUUCAUCUAAUAGAAUGGAAACUGACAUCUCAAAAAUGAGCCAUUCUAAUAUGCAAACCAUAAGUAAAGCUGAUGUACCUGACUGCUUAUCUCAAGAAGCCUCCAAAGCAAUCAAACAGAUUGAAUCAUGUAUGUCCGCAUUGCAUAUGGGAGCAGAUCACUUGGACUUGUAUGAGAAGACGUCUUCUUCUUCUCAACUGCAGACUCGCGUUCGAGAAACAGAGUCAACUGUGACAAAAUAUGAUGCAGUUCCAAGCAUUGGAACGAGUUUAGGCCAAAGGGAUAUGGACGAUUUCGUUUAUCCAAUGCAUCAACUGUCUAGAAUGUCAGCAGAAGAGGGAAACCAGCCACAUUUCUCCUCGAUUCAAAGGUACAAGACGGCUCAGCCUACUAAGGCUGUGUUGAAGCAAUCAAAAAACAAAAUCAUCCAGAAUGAACCAGUUCCGUACACUGAAGUCUUAGACCUAUCAGAAGAGUCGACCGACAGAUUCAGGUUUCCGACAGAGAAAGUAAAUAAGAUUUAUGUUCAGAAUCUGAAUGCCUUUGUGGAGACAAUCGAGCCAGGGAACUUGAUAGUGAGUUCCAAUGGUUAUGUUCCUGGUGGUGUUACACUAAUUCCGAAUCAGACAUCCUAUGUUACCCCUUGUUGGCCAGCCACUUCUUCUGCUUCUAACAUUGAGAGUAUUUGUCAAAGCCGAACUGUCGUGGAGGACAAAGAAAGCAAGCCAUUUGUCAGCUUCGCGAAUCCAAAAAACCAUCCACCUGUCACAAAUAAGAAAGUGACUCGCCUUUUACCGAGCUCAGGCUUCCAUGGAAAUCAGUCGGAUGCACGGGAAAAGGCUGGUGUUGGAAAGAACAGGCACUACACAGCUGGAGGAAGGACUUCUUUGCAGAAUAAAGAAUCAGUCGAUACAGCUACUGACUCGUACUCCAGCUCGAGCAGUCAGCAAACAAGCAGUCGUGAUAGCAAUAGUGAAGAUUAUUCGGUGACAGAUGGAAGUAGAGAGCCUCAGUAUGUUACUUCGAGUAAAAGCAGUGAAAGUUGGGAUUCCCCUCUGUCACAUGGAAGUGCCAGUGAGGAAGAUGUUUACUCCUCAUCUAGCAGAGAGGGAGCUAGUGAAUCGACUGCCAGUAGCAGCAGUAGAAACGAGGAGUACUCAUCGUCUGAACAGCCAAUCCGAAGCAAUGCAACGGCCAAGCGCUCUACAACAAAGAAAUCAGGCCCAAGCAAGGUCGGGAAGGCUGGCGCGACCCUUAAAAAGCAAACUGGGAUACUGAAGAGGCUGAAAGAUAAGCUGGCGCUAGUCUUCCACCACCACCACCACCAUCAUCAUCACCACCACCACCACCAUAAUCGCGGUGGUCAUACUAAAGAUGACACAAAUAUGAGCCGUAGCUCCUCCUUAGACAAGCACAAAGGGAAAGCCGCAAGCCCUAAAAGACAUGAUGACGCGCAUGGAGGAGCAAAGGCUGUUGAAAAGAUUGGAAAAUCCAAGACUGGUGAGAAAAGGCAGAAGAGUAAUUUCGGUGGGCUGAUGGGAGGUCUGGUGAGGCACGUACGACACUCAAAGAAGCCGAAACGAGAGAAAGGUACGAGUGAGUUUGGGCAGAAGAGGACAGUGAAGAAGUCUCACUGGUGGAAAGUGCUGCAACACCAUCAACAAUCCAAGUUGCACCACAAAGCUCAUUUGAAGCUUGGACUAGGUAAGAAAAAAGCUCGCUUAAAAGCUCUCCCUACAAUUGAAUGAUACCACACUUAGCUACUAAAACAUGAUUAUGUGAUCAUAGUUAUAUAUACUUAUGUAUGAUACAUAUAUGUGUGUGUGUAUAUAUACAUAGACUAUGUAAAUCCAGACUAGUACUUUUGUGCAAUCUUCUGUAAAGCGUGGUAGUUGGUAAAUCCUGACUUAGUACCUUUAUCAUAAUCUUCUGUGAAGCAUAGUGUUUUACUUC